GCACGCCAUGAAGGUGAUUGUCUGUCUACCUACUUAGGUACCUAGUUAAGAAAACGACCACGCAAUGUACGAACCAACAUCAACAAAGUGGACUGAUGUCUAUCUGAAUGAAGCAAUUAGUCUUCUACUUAUCACCACGUGCCCCCUGUUUCUCCUCUUUUACUGGAUUACGUACCAAGAUUUCGGCGUAUCGAUUUCAUCAAGCGCAGAAGCUUUGAUCUCUGACGGAAUACUCAACUUUCUAGCGCGCUGCCCACGCCCAACAGUAGCCUCUACCACGGCGUAUGCGGCCUGGGUUCUUUCGCAAGCAGCUCUGUAUCACGCCCUACCCGGUCCGCUUCAUCGGGGACCACGAACUCCUGGGGGAAGACAACUGUUGUACAGGUUAAAUGGAUUUUAUGCCUGGAUGCUUACCAUUGGCUUCGCUGCAGUGGCGACCUUUGGCAGGUUGAUCGACCCAACGUAUAUCGCCAGACACUGGGGUGAUCUGCUUGCAACCGCAAAUGUGUACUGUGCUGCACUCAUUGUUAUUUUUUACGUCAAGGCUCGUCUUAAGCCAGAUAACGCCGGCGAGACAUUACUCACAGGUCAUUUCUGGUAUGACUUGUUCAAUGGAGGGGAGCUCCAUCCCCGAACGGGGGUCUUGUUUGAUUGGAAGCACUUCAAUGCCAGUCGAACGGGAGGACUUUUGCUCUGGACCUUAAUUGCUGACCUCGGUGCUAGCGACCUCUCCUUCGUUGCGUUUCAAUAUCAGUUGCACGGCGUCGUUACCAACGCAAUGAUCAUGGCAACAAUUUUCCGGGGGAUCAUUGUAGGAGAGUAUUUUUAUUUCGAAAACUGCAUUUAUGGCUUUGCUGCCAUUAUGCCACAGAUUUGGACACUCCAAACUCAGUAUCUUGCCCGCUACCCGGUAGACCUGUCCAACGCGAUGACCAUAGCCGUGACCACUGCCUUCGCUGCGGGGUGGGUCCUGAAUCACGAUGCGAACCGUCAGAAAAGCAACUGUCGAGAAAUGGCUGGUAAUUGCCUCAUCUGGGGGAGGGAAGCCCAGUUCCUUGAAGCAACGUAUCAGACGGUGGACGGGAAGAAACAUCGCACCGUCUUAUUAUACUCAGAAGCACUUCUUGUUACGGCUACGGUUGUACAUCGUUGUUUUCGUGACGAAGCGAGGUGUAAAGAGAAGUACGGGGACACGUGGGAUGAAUACUGUAAGAUUGUGAAGUGGAGAAUGAUUCCAGGAAUAUUCUAG